UAGAGAAAGAGUUGAGAGAAUAUAAUGAAGAGGAAGACUGACAGAAAGAGAAGAUGGCUGAUAAGUGUCACUUGUGUCUGCUGGGACUGAUCUUUCUCUCUUCACUUCUCACAGGUCUCAGUGGAGUGGAUGAUGCUCAUGUGUUCAUCAGUUCUGGUGAAGAUGUCCGUCUGCCCUGUAAUAAUGCUCUUCCUGACUGUAACUCAACUACAUGGAACUAUAACAGUUAUUCAUCAGGAGUUGAACUGUUUGCUGGAGGGAGAAAGAAGAAACACACAGAGAAACAUGAGAGACUGAGUCUGGGGUCUGACUGCUCUCUGAACAUCAAGAGCGUCACAAAAGAAGAUUAUGGACUUUACACCUGCAGACAAUAUGUGAAUAAUCAACAACAAGGUCCUGAUGCUCGUGUUUUUGUGCAUGUUCUUCAUGUUUGUGUUUCAGUCUCUUCAUCUGAGAUCAGUGCAGGCCGCUCUGUGACUCUCUUCUGUCAGUUGUAUUCAUAUCCUCGAGUCUCUUGUGUUCAUUUGAUCCGUUCUGAGCAAAUUGAGUUGUUCUGGGUGAAUCAGGCUGGUGUUAAACAGAUGAGAUCAGACUCCAGAAAUCAGAUAUCAGCUCCAGGUCACUGUAUCAUCUCUCUGAAUACAACAAUCCUGAAUGAAGAUCACAACAGAGAGUGGAGAUGUGAAGUUACUCACAGAGAUCAACUGAAGACCUCAGUCUCAUACACUGUCAAGAUCUCAGCUCGAGCUGAUUCAACAACAGCAGAGACUUCUACACCAGAAAAUCAGAAACCAUUAAACACCCCAAACUUUGAGAGGACUGCAGCUGCACACACAUCUGGAUUUACUGAUCAACAGGUUGUAACUUCAACUACAGAAACAACACUGAGUCAAGACACCGCACCAAUCACUUGGAAAGUGAUUGUGAUUGUGAUUGUUGUCGGUGUUUCGGUCGCUCUUCUUCUUCCUGCUCUGAUUCUUUGGCUGAUUCGUAAAAAAAGAGCCGAUGUCAGAAGAGAGACUGAUGACUCUGUGGAGCAGACAGAUGAUGUGACUUAUAUUAUUUAUUGCGCGCAGUAAUAAAACAUAUCCACAAAGGACAAGGUUCGCUGUGAUGAUAAAGUGACUUACGCUUCCAUCAGAGGAACAAAAGCUGGAGCUCAGGAAAACUGCAGUCAACUUUAUGCCUCUGUGAACAAGAACCAUCACAAAUCAGACAAAUAAUUAUACAGAAACCACACGACUAGAGGAAUAUGAACCGUGACUCCUGAUGAUUUCAUUCAGUGCCAUUAUAAUAAUAGCAGUGUCUUUCACAUUAAGAAACCAGCCCUGAUUUAUUAGUAGUUAUUGCUGAUUCUGGUCAGUUUAUUCGGCCAAUCGUUA